GAGAGAGAGAGGAGAAAUCAUGUCUGGUUCUCUUUCCUUCCUUCACAGUGCGUUCGCUUCUUCGCAACAACUCACUCUUGGACCCAAAUUCGUAGCAGCGAAAGCAAGUCCAUCUCUGGUUAUUGAAGCAAAGGCCACAACCAGGAGGGAAGACAGGCUUGCUCGACAUGCCCGUAUUAGAAAGAAGGUUGAAGGGACACCAGAGAGGCCAAGGUUGUCUGUCUUUCGCUCCAACAAGCAUAUCUAUGUCCAGGUGAUCGAUGACACUAAGAUGCACACCCUUGCUUCAGCUUCAACAAUGCAGAAACCCAUAUCUGAAGAAUUUGAUUAUUCUUCUGGACCUACAGUUGAAGUGGCAAAGAGGGUUGGUGAAAUCAUUGCUAAGAACUGUUUGGAGAAAGGAAUCACAAAGGUAGCAUUUGACCGGUGUGAUUACCCUUACCAUGGGCGUGUUGAAGCCCUUGCUAAUGCUGCGAGGGAACAUGGUCUUCAAUUCUGAAACUUGGUAGUUACUUUUUCUGUUUCUCCAAGCA